AUGCACUAUGCUGCGCAUUACACCUGGCUGUCAGUGUCAAAAUUCACAUACUUUUCUACAGAAUCCCAAGAAGACACAGUCGUUGCCCUUGUUCCAAGUUAUGUGGAAAUCCUGUGGGUUUGUGAUGCGAUGACGCAGACGUGGCUGGGUGUCCGCCGAUCGGCCAAAGGCGGUCAGAUACACGUUGUAUUCUCAACCCGACCAGACAUCCGGGUUCAUCUCGACGCGUAA